CUUGCCCCGCACUGGCACUCACCCGCCGUUCACUGUGCAUCUCACUGCGUGCACUACCAGUCGCAAGUUCUGAGACGCCGACGCAUCAUCAAAGAGAACAGCAUCUAGCAGCGAUGCCUGCACCGAUCGACCGAUGUCCUGCUGAGGUACUCAUUGGUUUCGUUGAAGCCUCAGAGCAUGGGGACCGCCGUACGCUACGCACAAUCAACAAAGAGUGGAAGUCUCUUGCGACGUCUCUUGCCUUCGAGUCUCUAGUGCUCAAGAAUACGAGAAAGAGCGUGGCGAACAUGCUCUUGCUCUUGCGCAACCGGUUGGCGAAAUGGGCGAAGACGCUGGAGUACAGACUCAUAGACCGAUCGCCAGUUGCCUCUGCGAACGCAGGACUUAUUCAAGUUGGUCAACAGGACCAGGUUGCGAAGACAAUAUAUCAAAUCAUCUCAGAGCUCGGGUCACUUUUUCCCUUGCUCGAGAGCUUCCACGUCUGCCUCUUCGCAGGCCCGUACAAUGACCCAUUGCACAUCCCAGUGUCGCCCGACGACGUCAGCAAUGGCGUCUCGAAGUACGUCAUGCAUCAUUUCAACAUUCUCGACGCGCUGAGCACAAUUGGGGAGACCCCGCCGCGGCAUCUAAAGACGCUGUCGCUGCACAAUCUCCUACCAUGCCCUGAGCCUUCCAUGAUGGAGGAAAAUUUCAAACGGCUGAUGGAGCCGCUAGAAGACCUGACUCUCUCGGUACAUCGCGCACGCAGCCUGGACAACCAAGACUACUGGGAAGUGUUCUGGCAGGAGUACCUCCCGGAUUAUGUCCUUGCCCCCGCGCAAAGCCUCACCUCCCUGUCCAUGACGAGCGAUCAGCCGGUCGGCUCCGUGUGGCCGGGAAUCGACUUCUCUGUCCUCCACUUCCCCGCGCUGCGCCGCUUGAAGCUCGGCGGGUUCUGCUUCGACACGAGCUCCCACCUCGAGGACUUCAUUAUCAAACACCAAAACACCCUAACCUCGCUCGUGCUCGACUCUUGCCCCAUGCACACAGGCGACGACUUCCAGAACAAAACGCCGCGGCGCAAGUGGUCUCAGGUGUUCGCUCGCUUCGACGAGGGGCUCACGGAGCUCACCUACGUGCGCGUUAUGUGCAAGGACCUGCCAGUGUGGGGUCUCUACCUCGAGGAUUCGCCGCGCACGGAGAUGGCUCUCACCUACGAGAUAUCCACAACUGGCUACGGGUAUAUCCGGGGAGAGCCGGUGGCCGCGGCGGUUGAGAAGGAUGACGACAGGGCCCUGGAGAAGUUCUAUGCAACCGUGGAUGCGAGGCGGCGGUCAAAAGGACUGGGCCCGCUGGCUAGUCUAGCCACAGCUCGAGCGAACGAAGGGGACGGGCUCCCCCGUCCAGACGAGCUGCCUCAGCUUCUGGAGAUGAUCAUGUCGUCCCUAGCGGCCAGAUCGCUACAUUUGUAAGUAGUUUGAUUUGACGAACAUGUACAGUAAUCGCUGCAGUCAUACGCGUGUUGUACGAUAUUGCUCAGGAAUUUCUGGCCCUACGUUGUCAACUAACAGUAUUGCUUGUCAAAGUUCAAUGUACAAUAUAGUUGCAGAGCUCGUCCGUGAAGUGUAUGGACGUGGUCCCUUGCACCGAGACCAGCGCAAUCGAGCAUCGACUAGAGUAUCCUCGAGCUCGAACGAAGAACUGCGUGACUUGCUAC